AAAUCAUGAGAUCUGUUACUUGGUUUAUAGUUUCUUAUACUCUCAUGUUUCUCGUUAUGAGAGGUGGUAAAGAAGUGGAAGCAGAGAAACUGUGUACAACAAUAGGAGACUUGGACGAGACAGCCAAAACUGUUAUUCGCCAGGUGGAGUUCUACUUCAGUGAUAGUAAUCUUCCCAUUGAUGAUUUCCUCAAGAAGACUGUUACAGAGAGUGAAGAUGGAUUGGUGAGUUUGGCGUUGAUUUGCUCCUUUAGUAAGAUGAGAGGAUAUUUAAAGUUGGGUGAUUCUAAAGGAGAUGAUAUUCCUGAAGAUACCAUCAAAGCUGUUGCUGCUACUCUUCGAACUUCUUCUGCUCUCAAAAUCUCAGAAGAUGGGAAAAAGGUUGGUAGGAGUACUGAAUUGUUGAAGCUGGAAGAUUUGAUUGAGCAACUUAAUGCUAGGACAGUAGCUGCGUCACCUUUCUCCUAUGAUGUUAAAAGAGAAGAUGUGGAAUCCUUUUUCAGUCAGUAUGGGAAGGUUAAUAGUGUGAGGAUGCCUCGUCAUGUAGCAGAGUCGAGGAUAUUUUCUGGUGUUGCCUUGAUUGAGUUCCCUACAGAAGAGGAUGCCCAGAAUGUUAUGAAGCAGAGUUUGGUCUUUGCUGGUCAGGAGUUGGAGCUGAAACCAAAGAAAGAGUUUGAUAAUGAAAGGGAGAAGGAUGAAGUAAAAUUUGCUAAUUACCAACCUCAAAAGGGAUCUGCAAAUCAGAAGAAUGGUUCCGAUCACAAAAACAAUUCUGAUUAUGAGCCAGAUUAUCCCAAGGGUUUGAUCAUUUCAUUCACCCUGAAGCGCUCAGCUGAAGAGGGUACCACGGAACAAAAAAUUUCUGAGGAGACAACUGAUAAAACAAUGGAUGAAAGUGAAUCAAAGCCAGCAGAUACUCCUGAUGCUGAUAAAGAAAACACUGAUGAGGUUCAGGCCCAGGGAGCAGAGGAUGAAGAUGAUGAGAAAGAAGAAAAGGGUGCUCUAGCUACCCAUAAAGAUAAUAAAGAUGUUGUCUUACGUGAAGAUCUUAAGGCUGUUUUCGGAAAAUUUGGUGAUGUCAAGUUUGUGGAUUUCAAGAUGGGAUCUGAGACGGGUUACCUUAGGUUUGAUGAACCUGAAGCAUCCCAGAAAGCCCGUGCAGCAGCAGUAUUAGCCAAAGAAGGUGGACUAGCUGUGAAGAAUUUUAUCGCUGUCCUAGAACCUGUUACCGGCGAAGCUGAAAAGGAGUAUUGGACUCUCCUUCGCAGCAAAGAUAGGUUUGACAAGGGUGGCCGUGGAGGAAGGGGAGGAAGAAGAGGAGGGAGAUUCGGGCGUAAGAGGGGAUCGGAUUCCCCGGGUGGUCGCUGGAAUAAAGCUCAGAAGGUGGAAGCAUGAGAGCUUUCUUUGGACUUUGGCUCUCUUUAGCUCGUGACUGCUUCUGUUUUUAAUAUAUUUCUAGUUGCAAC